AUGUCCACCUCCACCAAUCUCCAGUUCACCAGGCCUGCAGACUGGAAGGAACGAGCACCCGAAGCUCUGCCCGGAUCCGUAACAUACGCCGCGCAGACAAAACUCCCUAAACUUCCCGUUCCAAACCUCCAGGAUACCCUCUCGCGCUUGAAGGAGACACUCAAGCCCAUUGCCUGGUCGGAGGAGGAGUUGCAGGCUGUCUUGAAGAAGAUCGACGCAUUUGGAGCUGCACAAGGACCGGAACUUCAUAACCGCUUGUUGCAGAGGGAUGCCGCGAGCAAGCAUUGGUUGGAAAGCUGGUGGGACGACGCUGGAUACAUGGGAUACCGAGAUUCCGUCAUCAUCAAUGUUUCCUAUUACUAUGGAUUCGACGUGCCCAAGCCUGGUCAAUACAAGUCCCCAGCUGAGAGGGCUGCUGGUAUUGCCCGCUCAGCCAUGAUCUUCCGUCAGAAGCUCAAACAGGGCCUUAUCCCCCCUGAGGCGACCAAGGAGGGUCCCCUCUGCAUGGACACCUACCGAUGGAUGUUUGACUGCUGCCGUGUCCCAGGAUCUGACGGUCUCGACUUUGCCACCUCCUACGCUGUUCCAGGGGAUAAUGGCAUUUCUGGCCACAUUAUCGUUCUGCGCAAGAACAGGGUGUGGAAGAUCGAAGCUGUCCGGGACGGUAAAAUCCUGAGCACCGCAGAUUUUGCCCGUCAAUUGGAAUAUAUCUACAAUAAUACCCAAGAAGAAUACCCCGGUGUUGGUACCCAAUCCCUCAUUCAAUCAAAGUAUUCAGCUCUGACCGUCUCCUUCCAGGACUACAAACAUCUCGCGUCGUCCCCCGUCAACGCUUCUAUAAUCAAGGAAAUCCACUCUUCCGCAUUCAUCAUCUGCCUCGAUGAUACCCGCCCCGAAGGCCCCAUCCAACACAGCCGCUCCCUCUGGCACGGAGACGUCGUCAACGGUGUCCCCGUCGGCCUGCGGAACCGCUGGGCAGACAAACCCCUCAACUUCAUCGUCUACGAUAACGCCUAUGCGGGAUUGUUGGGUGAACACUCGAUUAUGGACGGCACCCCUACCGCGAGGAUGUGUGAUAACAUUCUCGAUUGGCUGGAGGACCCUGCUUUUGACCAUGGUGUAUCUGUCACUGACUCUUCCGUCAUGCCUACGCCGUUGGAUUGGGAAGUCACGCCUACGACUAAGGAGGCGAUCGCGAAGGCAGACAAAGCUGCGAAGGAGUUGAUCGAGACGCAGGAUAUGAGUUACCACCUUACACCCUACGGCAAGGACGCCAUCAAGAAAUUUGGUGUGUCGCCUGAUUCAUGGGCGCAGAUGAUUAUCCAGCUCGCGUACAAGAGGUUGAAUGGGGACGAGAAGAGGAGGGGAGGAACGUACGAGGCUGCUACGACGCGGAAGUUCUUCAAGGGGCGCACUGAGGCUAUUCGGGUCGUGUCGAGUGAGUCAGAUGCGUGGGUGAAGAGUAUGGACGAUCCAGCGGUUUCGGCGGCGCAGAGGAAGGCUCUGUUUGAUGCUGCCACCAAGGUUCACAUUUCGCGUGCAAGGGCUGCUGGCCAGGGACAGGGUGUUGACAGGCAUUUGUUUGGAUUGAAGAAGCUCUUGCAGCCCGGUGAAGAGACCCCUGCGCUUUUCACUGACCCUGUUUUCAGCCGAUCCAGUUACUGGGUUCUCAGCACGUCGGCCAUCUUCUCCAAACACUUCCCUGUGUAUGGAUGGGGAGAGGUCGUCCCUGACGGCUUUGGUGUCGCGUAUAUGACUGGGUACAACGACCGCUUGCAAUACACCGUCACUUCCCGCAAAGAGAUGCCCAACGCUCAGUUUAUCAAGGAGAUUGCGAGGGCCUCCGAGGAUAUUUAUAAACUCCAUACGGAUGUUGCGCACAUCCAGAAGGCCAAGUUGUAA